CCCCUCCGCCUACCUGAACCUGUAGGUCCCUCCUCCGCCUCUUUAGGGUGGAGUCGUUUCUACCUGGACUCUGAGAAAACAGGACAGGAGAGCGAUUUAAGGAUUGAGUAAUGGCGUUAUAGCCGGACUUCGAGUGUGCGUUCGUCGACUUCACAGUUGUUUCUGUGUCCAAAAACGCGUCGCUUUCCACCGGCAGGUAUGAGCCACCCGCCCAGUUCCAACCGGGGACACCGGGAGAGAAACGGAGACCGCCGACAUUACCGGGACUCCCCCGGGGACAGAGGUUCGUCCCCCGACAGGUCUCCUUCCUCUCGACCCCCAUACUACCCCAGGGAUGCUGACCCCCCUCCCAAACAUGUGCGGGAGGUCCCUCGAGUGGAGCGCCACGACUCCAGCUGCACAAACAUCUGCUCCAGGAGAGGCAUCGUGCUGAUCUGCGCUGUGCUGACCAACGCCCUGGUGCUGAUCUGUGUGGUGGCGGCUCAGAUGGUGACGUCGGGCUUGUCCUCCAGUGCCGGGCUGGGCGGCUUCAACAUCAACUCCAACUUCCACCUGCAGGGCACCGAGCUGCAGCAGGCACGAGACCUGGACAUGCAGUACAGCCAGAUGAGGGCGCCGGGGAUCUACGGGGGCAUCGCCUUCAGCCUGACCUUCGGGGUGGUCUCGCUGCUGUUUGUGGUCGCCGGGAACAAACCCCCCCACCUGAUGUCGAGGAAGCUUCUGGUCGGAGCGUUGGUGUUUCAGGCGGUGGGCGCGGCGGUGUACGUGGCGGCCGUCGGUCUCUACCUGCACUUCAUCAUCAGGGUCAACUCCAGUGAUGUUUGUAAACGGCGGGAGAGGUUGUACGCGCGUAACGGCUACACCUGGAUGAACUGUGAUGUGGGCGGGGCGGACGCAGCCGUGGCUCUGUUUGGGCUCAUCACAGCCAUCCUGUACACUGCCGGCGCAGCGCUCACAGUCCAGACCAUCCGACGCGUGAAGCGCUACCUGCGGGAGCGGAAACGCAGAGAGGCGGAGAGGCAGCAGGCCCGAGGCCGACCCCAGAGGGCCCCGCUGAGGGCCGAAACCACCUCUGUGUGAGGGAGGGGGGGCUGAUCAGGAUGGACGUUGAUGGGUUAACUUUGCUAAGCUAUCAUACAUGUUAACUCCGGUAUUCUGGUAUCAUGAAGCUGGGGUAGAUCACCACGGAAACCUUUGAUGAACAGCUCACCUGCUCCGAUGCAGGUAACUUCUGAGGAUCGGAUCAAAACGUGUCAGCAGACUUCUGACCAAGCAGCUCGCUGGAAAAAUUCAUUCCUUCGUCACUACAGGUUCUCAUCAUAGACAAAAGUACCGCGUUUAUACUAAAGUAACAGGAUUUGCACACUACGGAGUCCCUGAAGGGUCACGCUGGGAUUUCUCUCUUUUUCCGUUCUGAUCCACAGAGGAAGGUUAAGCUCUGGGAGCAGCAUAGAACAUGAGUGGAUUAUAAUAUGUUAUGUAUUAAAUACAGUCCACGGUUGUGACCACCCUCCUCUCUGCCUGGCUGAGCCACGGGUCUGUACCAUGGCAGCUAAUGUUGAGUUAACUAGUGGAGGCUAGUUAACAUCCUUCCCCUGCGGUUGUAGGCCAGAUCAUAUCCACCGUCACAGCUUCAACCGUCGCUCAACCCACAGCCCGACAUAACCGGCUACAGCUGUGGUUACAGUGGCUGCAAGCUUCCGCUGCUCGACCUUUCCAGUGGAUCAGGAGGAACGCAAAUGUACUUGAGAAAAAAAUCCCCCCGGGACCGUCUGGGGCUUAACGUAACAUGAUAAUUAUGUCAACGAUAGAAGAAAAAAAUGUUUGUUGUUGUUUUUGUUUUUUUUCUUGCACAAACCAUGUGUCCACACUGGGAUUAAAACAGGAUUUGUAACAAGCAGAGAUUUGGUUUAUCUCACUGCCGACGCAGUGAGUGAGGGUUACACUGUAGCUGCCUAUUAUUAUUUUCAGUAAGUCUCUUUCAGGCCUCACAGUGCAGGUGCUUUUAGAUUCUUCUUCUGUCACUGCAGCUCAGGAUAACUAUUUAGGCUAUUUAAACUCAAUGAGAUGAUAACUGGGAAUAAGAGGUAUAACCAGUGUCACUGUUUAUCAGGAAAUAAUCCACACACACUGUCAAUCAGCCCAGUGAACUCUGCAUGGAUUAUUUUGGUCAGGCAGACCCUCUCUGCCUUGGAAGCAGUAACAAGCUUAACUCUACUUUUGACCGUUUUUAAGUGUGUAAGAUUCCACUGUUGUGAUUUAAUUAAAAUUUUUGUAGAUUUUUCUCACCGAACGUCAGUUUUUGCUGCUGCAGUAACCCCGAUUUCUCGAGGGCAUCACGGAUUCAUCUCGCAUCACGCUGGACCCUUCACUCGUGGUCCUGGUGAUGUCGCACGCCGUCGGCUCGUAACCUUCUGGGAACGCUCGCUCUCCUGGCUGGAUCAGUAAACCCAGAGUUAAGAGAGUCUGUUGAUAAUGAGCUUUGCGAUACCUGUUGCGCAGGAUCGUUAAUGUUAAGCCAGGUAGCGCAGGGAAAGCCGGAUUAAUUGCUUUGUUAUACAGCCCCAAUCCUGUGUUUAUUUUCAAUUGAACUGUUUAUAUGUUGGAUUAGUCUGUGUGCUAACACAGGCAUUUAAAUGUUUUUAACUUGUAUACUGGUAUGAAUUGUUUUUUUUUAUAUCACAGGUUGAAUUUAUAAUGCAAAGUUUUUAAUACCGCAACUCAGCUGUACAACUUGUUUUGAAGAUUUGAUCUAUUCAAAUUAA